AUGGACGUACCACCAACACCCCAAGUUCGGGUUCCUGGAGAUUCAGAAACCUCUCAACCCGCUCAUCUGACCCCGACCCCUGCUGUUGCUACCAAUGUCAAUGCCAAUGCGACGGUGACCCAGAAUUCCGCCGAGGUGGAAAUGGGAGGCAUGCAAGACGCGUCAACCCAACCUGCAACUGACCAGGAAGAUAUACCACUCCCAGAUGUGCAAGAAGAGCCAGUGCCUAGCCCCAAGAAGACCUUCAACUUCGUCGAAUCAUUGAUCUCCCCAAUUGUUGAGAUCGUUGUUGGAAAAGGGGACGACGAGACUGUCUUGAGGGCCCAUCAAAAUUUCCUCACGGAUGCGCCCUUCCUCGCCGAAUUCAUAGGACAAUUCGAAGAAUCUGGACCUCGUCAAAUCAAUCUCCCUGAGGAGAACGUCGACGCGUUCGGAUGCUUCCUCCAGUUUCAAUACACGCGCGACUACGACCUUGCGAAAUCCGAAGCCAGGGUCAUAUCCGAGGCAGACAAGACCGGGAAGGAUAUGCUUAGACAUGCACGCAUAUACACAUUGGCAGAGAAGCUCGGUCUGCCAAAUUUGAAAAAUCUCGCCCACGGCAAGAUUCACAAGAUAAAGGCUUCACCCGGAGCUGAAUUGGCGUAUGCUCGAUACGUCUACACGCACACACCCGCGGAGGAUGUGGCGAUUCGGCGACCCGUGGCCUCGCUUUGGGCCAAUCAGAGCCACAUCCUGCGUCACGAGGUUGGGGACGCCUUCAAGAAGCUGUGUAUUGAGGUGCCGCAAUUCUCGUUUGAUGUCAUGACCAUCAUGCUUGACCGCAAGGAGAAGAGUAGUGCUGCGGACGAGAUCAAGGGGAGUGCGCGCAAGCGCAGCCGAAGAGAGAUCUAG